CCUCUCUCUCUCUCUCUCUCUCUCUCUCUCUCUCUCUCUCUCUUAGGGUUCGUCACCGAAUCGAAUCGGAUCAGGAAGUCCUGUUUCUAGAGAAUCCGAGAAGAUUUAAUUCUUCAAUCGGGCUUCUCUGACUUCUGGUGUCGUCAGUGGGUACCAAUUCGGACAGGGUUUCGGCGGUGGUGAAACUAGAUGCCGAGGAUGCGGUCUCCGAAGUGAGGGAUUCGAAGGCGCAUGGCGGUGUGAGUGGCGGAGUGGCGGGGAUUCUGUACAAGUGGGUAAACUACGGGAAGGGACGGAGGUCGAGGUGGUUCGUGCUCGAGGACGGCUUGGAUUUACCCGAGAAGUCCACUUUAUUUUCGAAUUCUGUCAUGGAACAACGAUCCAGCCAUUCAAAUCCGGGCUUUGAAAUGCCAAGAAAUGAGUCUUUAAGAGCGGAAAUGACGAUCAGAUGGUGGUGGGGUGAUCGGGACGACCGUGGCAUUUGGAUUAUGGAGUGGCGGUGAAGGUGACGGUGCCGUACGUGGAGCUUGGCUUCAUUGCUAGAGCACGUGGACUGGAACGACGACACAGAGAGAGACGUGGAGACCAUGAUAGAGAAGAAGAAAGGUGAAAGAAAAAACAGUAAAAUAAUUCUAGAUCUGUGAACAGUGCAACUCCACAUGUAGAGUUGCACUGUUCACAAAUGGAGGCUAAUUCUAUUCUAGCUUUUGAAUAGAUAAGCCAAUGGAGGACGUUUUUGGCACUUUCAUUAUCUAUUCUAGCCAAAAGUGAAUUUUACAUAAUCCACCGUGAAUGCUCUAAGGGUGCAUUUAAUUGUCACAUAUAUCUUUGCGAACUAUGCUCAUAUAUGAGUUAUGAAGGUUUCUUGCCCAUAAAAUUUUAGUCAGAUAAGCUUUCCAAGAGGAAUUUAUUUGUCUACAAAUGAAGAUAGAACUGGAAAAAAGACUCAUAUAUAGUACCUCAGAGUUCCCAAAUAUCAGUAUUGCAACAACCCAAAGAGUUUACCAUGGGUUUAGUGAGGUAGAAGGUCAAGGAGGAUCCAGGUGAUGGCAAUGAUGUAGCAAAGAAUGUGGAUUUAGACAGAGCUUAAAUGGCUAAAAAGUUUUUCAAUCAGUCUGCUGUAUUUUGGGAGGUGUCAUAAUUCUUGUUGGGUUUUUUGAGAGAUUUCAACAUGCCAAAGGAGAGAAGGGACCGUUCUGUGUCUCGUGAUAGGUACUGGGCAUCUCCAUUUUCAUGCAGCUCUAGUCAUGCAAGACGAUCCUCACCAAAAAUUCCAUUAGAAACUAAGGAAAAUUUAAACGAAUGGGAAGAAGCUAGGUGCCCUGUCUGCAUGGAACAUCCUCACAAUGCGGUUCUACUAAUCUGUUCAUCUCAUGAGAAGGGAUGCCGCCCAUACAUGUGUGACACAAGCUAUCGCCACUCAAAUUGUCUUGACCAGUUCCGAAAGUCAAUUGCAGAAACCUCUUCAACAAUGCCAGGCCAAGAUGACACUCAACUUUCAACCACACGCUUGUCUCCUAAUGAGACUUCAGAAUCAACAAUUACUGAGGUGCAAGAAGAAAUAAGUGAGGAAGGGCACCCCACUUUACUCCCCAGGUCUUGUGAGAAUCAGGAGCAGCAGAAGUUGUUCUGCCCCCUCUGCCGUGGACAUAUCAAAGAUUGGAUUGUUGUGGAUCCUGCUCGUCGUUUCAUGAAUGCAAAACCAAGAAGCUGUUCCUGUGAGACAUGUAGUUUCAGUGGCACCUAUACGGAUCUCAGGAAGCAUGCUAGGAAUGAGCACCCCUUUGUGCGUCCGUCGGAGGCUGACCCAGAGCGACAGCGUAAUUGGAGGAGGUUGGAGCGACAGAGGGACCUUGGAGACUUGCUCAGCACACUCCAAUCUUCAUUUGGAGAGGACAGGGGUGACGACAACAUUUUACCCAUUGAUGAUGGGGGUUGGCUGACUGUAUUCUUUCUCAUUCGAGUGUUUCGACCUGGUUCUAGUCCAAGAAGUGGCAGCUGGUCUGGUAGCUCGAGAACUAGAGCACAGCUGAGCAUUAGAAGGAGAUCCACCAGACUUUGGGGGGAGAGUUAUGAUGGUGAAACUGGAUCUUCUUCCAGGGAUGAGGAGAAUGACUCUUCAGAUGGUGGCUCAGGUCCUUGGAGGCGACGGUUGCGGCGGAGGACAACCCCAGAUGAACAACAAUGACUGCACAACUUGUGGGAUCUCUUUGAUUGUUUUUGUCUCAAGGCAGGCAGAAGGGAAGAAUUGGAAGAUCUUUCACUUGUGCAUCGGAAUAUGUUCUACUGUUCGUAGGACGGUAUUGAUUGAAGUUGUUCGGGGGUGUUAUUUAAAAAGUGGACAAAUUGUAAUUUAUAGAGAAGCUUUUAAUUAAAUCAUAUUUCUUUCUUUAGCAGCUUUCUUUCAUUUUUCCGUAUGUCUGCUGCGGUUAUAUCAAAGCUUCCCUUUGAACUAUCAAGCCUGUAAUAAAUUUGUUAAUUGUCGUUGCUUUCAGAGAAUUGCCACUUGGGCUGUUGUCAAGGUCGCAGUAUCUGGCAGCAGUUCAGGUGUUAUCCA